UGAUGGCGUCGCGCCGGCGACACGUCGACACCGCCGCGGCCCGAGAGCAAAGGCCGCCUAUGACAGUGGGCCUCUGGCUCUAGAAUGCAGCUACCCUUGGCUGUGGACAGCAGGGCACGGGCCCUCCGGAUGCUUCUCCAUGAGCUUCCUGAUCGACUCCAGCAUCCUAAUCACCACCCAGAUACUGUUUUUUGGAUUUGGGUGGUUUUUCUUCAUGCACCAGUUGUUUAAGGAUUAUGAGGUGCGUCAGUAUGUUGUACAGGUGAUCUUUUCUGUGACUUUUGCAUUUUCUUGCACCAUGUUUGAGCUUAUCAUCUUUGAAAUCUUGGGAGUCCUAAACACCAGCUCCCGUUACUUCCACUGGAAAAUGAACCUGUAUAUAAUUCUGUUCAUUUUGGUUUUCAUGGUACCUUUCUACAUUGGCUACUUUAUCAUGAGUAACAUCCAACUAUUGCAUAAACAACGACUGCUCUUUUCCUGUCUCUUAUGGUUGACAUUUAUGUAUUUCUUCUGGAAACUGGGAGAUCCGUUUCCCAUACUCAGCCCAAAACAUGGGAUCUUGUCCAUAGAACAGCUCAUCAGCCGGGUAGGUGUGAUUGGGGUGACAUUCAUGGCUCUGCUUUCUGGAUUUGGUGCUGUCAACUGUCCAUACACAUACAUGUCCUACUUCCUCAGGAAUGUGACUGACACUGAUAUCCUCGCCCUGGAACGACGACUUCUCCAAACCAUGGAUAUGAUCAUAAGCAAAAAGAAAAGGAUGGCAAUUGCACGGAGAGUCAUGUUCCAGAAGGGAGAAGUGCAUAACAGGCCAUCAAGAUUCUGGGGCAUGAUAAAGAGCGUUAGGACAUCAGCUCCAGGAAGUGAAAAUCUUACUCUUAUUCAACAGGAAGUGGAUGCUUUGGAAGAACUAAGCAGACAACUUUUUCUGGAAACAGCCGAUCUAUAUGCUACUAAGGAGAGAAUUGAAUACUCCAAAACUUUCAAGGGAAAAUAUUUUAAUUUCCUGGGUUACUUUUUCUCUAUUUACUGUGUUUGGAAAAUUUUCAUGGCAACCAUCAAUAUUGUUUUUGAUCGAGUUGGGAAAACUGAUCCUGUCACACGUGGCAUUGAGAUCACCGUGAAUUACCUAGGAAUCCAGUUUGAUGUGAAGUUCUGGUCUCAGCACAUUUCCUUCAUUCUGGUUGGAAUCAUUAUUGUCACAUCCAUCAGAGGACUGCUGAUCACGCUUACCAAGUUCUUUUAUGCCAUCUCCAGCAGUAAGUCCUCCAAUGUCAUCGUCCUGCUUUUAGCACAGAUAAUGGGCAUGUACUUCGUCUCCUCUGUGCUACUGAUCCGAAUGAGCAUGCCUCCAGAAUACCGCACCAUAAUCACAGAAGUUCUAGGAGAACUUCAGUUCAACUUUUAUCACCGUUGGUUCGAUGUCAUCUUCCUAGUCAGCGCCCUCUCCAGCAUUUUGUUCCUCUACUUGGCUCACAAACAGGCACCAGAGAAGCAUAUGACUCUUUGAACUCAGCCCCACGACAGAAUCUUAGGCGCCAAUGGAGUCAAAAGAGGGGACUCGGGGCUAAACAAUGAGAUGUGGUGGCAUAUUCUACCUCCAGCACAUGCCUACCUCCUGAUCAUAACAGCUUCUCGAGGGGAGAGGACUCUAGGCAGCACAUAGUAGGGGGCAUGCAUGGAUGCGAGGUGGUCCAAAGUCGGGAGGGAGGUGGGGCAGGGCAUGAGGAUACACUGGAGCUCUGGAGCAGAUGUCUGGUAGCCAGACACAUCUGAAGGUUUUGCUUUCCCUUGAGACCAACUUAUUAAAAGCAGUUUGUAACA